AUGUUUUAUAAUCUUUCUCAAAUUCUAAUGUUUGAAAAUUCACUUUAUUUUCAUGAACUGGACAGGCUGUGGUCAAGAAUAGCUGACGUAAAGCAAAAAAAUCGCAUGGACCUUAAUGCGUUAGUUUCUAAUGGCCUUGCGUUAUCAAAACAAAGCAAAAAGUUUAAUCAAUGGACGUGCUGGCACAGGUAUUGUUUGGAACAGUUAGUAAUGGUUCAAUAUGCUAAUUUUGUCAGUUUCAGGCUUGGCAAAGAGAAUUAUAACAUUUAUAAGAAAAUUGUUAGGAUUAGGCUGUUAAAUGCCAGGUCUAUUAAUAAUAAAGUAGAUGAUGUCUACGGAAUGAUUUAUGCGGGUCUCGACAUAAUGGUUCUGUGUGAAACAUGGCAUGGAUCUGAAGGUAAUAUUUUGGUUAACUUAGCAUUGACACCUGGUUUCGCAUUUGUGGAUUGCGUCAGACCACACGAUCCUUGUCAUGGGAGAUUGGUGAUCUACUUUCAAAGAGAUUAUAAAAAUAACAAAUAA